CCUACCGCUAUAAAUAGACUUUAGGAGGCAUAUAAGGUACCUGCAAGACAUUUAAUGAUUUUAACAUCAUGCAGAAUCAAUCGCUCUACUCAAUAAUGAGUUCGAGGAUCAGACUUCGUUUCGAUCAGCGCUUUCAUCAGUUGUGUGUUGAUACAAGCUGGGUGGACACUGGAACAACAUCAAGUGAAUGUUCUAAUAACUCAAAUUCCAAACGACAAAUAUUUACGGUGUUUGAAAAUAGUGGCCUGCAUAAGCAGCCACGCCUGAUAUUUCGCGAUGUCUAUUCAAUUGUAGAAUAUCGCGAUACGACCAGCUCCUCCAAGCUCUUCACCAUACAACAGAAUUCCAAAUCCAAGCAUUCUGAGGAGAAUGUUAUCGACUUUCUAACAGAUUUACUAAAGAGCGGUAAUCUACCGUCUCAAAUAAUAAAAAUUUAUAUCAAUUUUUCGCCAUGUUGGAAAUGCAGCGAAAAAUUGCGAUCAUUCAUACAAGAGGCUCGAACAAAAUACCGUAUUUAUCUAGGGAUGGAAAUAAUCUUUCCAUUCCUGUACAAAAUUCGGAGACCAUCUUGUGAAGAUGGAAGUCAUGCGAUUCCUCACCCAUUGCCAUCUCCUUACGACCACGGCGAGAGCCUGGAAGGGCUGAAGAGUCUUGUGGACAUCGGAGUAACUUUGCGAACAUUCAACAAAGACGACUGGCUGUUCAUAGCGAGUUUUCUGAAUGUUCACUACGUUUACGAAGGGACGGCGAGACAGAGAGAAGACAUGCUCUUGAAGGACGACCUCGAGCUUCUGAUGAACCCGCCUUCACCUAAAGGUCCCAUGGCGACAGGAGCGAGAGGACCGAAUGUCAGACUCCGCCAGCCCCUGAUGGUGAACCCUGAUGUCUUCACAAUGGAUGCUGUUAAAUACAAACUAUAAAUCAGUCUGUACAUCAGUCUGUAUAUCAAAAACAUGUCAAGAUGGAUAUUUUAACUUGCAAACCGUCAAAAGAAUGUUUUUGGCAUUUCGAAAUUUCGAGCUGAUGUAUGUGAAGCAACAAUUACAAGGAAAUAAACCUUGGUCCAUUUGA